AGCCUAGAUCUGGGCCUCGCUUUCUCGGCCGUGCCUUUAUUCUUUUUGCAGCCUGCGAACUUUCCUCCCGUGGCGGGGUGUGCGUGUGCGUUUGUCCGUGUAUGGGGGAAGCAGCUCCCUAACCCCCUUCGCGACUUUGCUUUUCUCUUAGCCCUCGGGCCAACGUGGCCCGAAUGGCGUGGUGUGUUCAGUGAUUAAAGGAGGUGCUCAGGCCCUGGGGAGGGGGCGAAGGUGUGGAGUUCCUCUUUCUGCUUGGCUUUCUUCCUGUCUCCACUCCCUUAGCCCUUACCCUCAACCCAGGAACCUGGGGAGGAAAGGAAGAAGAGCGGAGAGCAGAAGCGGCGGAGAUCCAGGGGGGGUCGACUUUGCAGCCAUGGCACCCACAGCCUUGACCUUGGCCUGGCCCAAAACGAUGAGCUUUCCCACCCCCACACUCCCCUCCCAAGGCUGGCCAACCCCAGCUGGGCUGGAGCUGUGUAGGGACCAUAGCGAGCUGGGCGGAACUGUAACGUCUCUCGCCGACCCCUCCCCCGCCUACCUGAGGGCUGUAGCUGGAAGGGUUUGUGAGUGGGUGGGGGUGGGGAGGCCGGGCGGAAGCGCGAACCGUCCGUCCCCGGACAGAGUUCCGAAGCCGGUCUCGUGCGCAAGCGCCCCUGUGCUUCGGCUGGCUGACUGACUUCUCUCAGCCGCACCAUCCCGGCCCCAAGUUGCCCGGCCCUCCGCAGGGGCCUUCGGCUCUGCUCCAGUAACACCGUGGGCCGCGGUGUUGUUGGGGGGCGACUGGAGGUCAACCUCCGGCCAAGCCCUGGCAGCUGCCCGCCUCCUCCUCCUUCCCUCAAGACCCCCCAACCCCCCGCAUUGCACACUUGGCCGUCCUGGCUUUCCUGCUUGCUGUAUACCCUCCCCGUUCCUCCCCAAGCUUUUUCUCAGCCUCAGCAAUUUGCAGGGUCUUUUCUUUUGCUUCUUGAGGAUUAGGAGAGUAGAUCUCUCAUAGCUUUCUUGCAUUCUUUUUUAAACAUCGCUGAGCCCUUUACAAGAAUUAGCAACCUCUUGUUUAUCUGUUUGGGGUUACAAAUCUCAGGUCGUUUUCCGACUACAGAUUAUUUUUGGAUGUGACAGUCCAGGGCAUGCCUGUAGUGUGUCACUUAGUGUGUCAUCUAUUUUACCUGGCUUUCUUGCCCUCCUUCAUUCUUUUGAGUUUGCUGCCGAACUGCACAGUCAGCAUUAUCACCUUGCUCUCAGACGCAAUUGCCCAUUUGAAGGAAAUGUGGGUUUCCAGAGAACUUUAAAAUUGCUGCAGUUGUAGCAGGUACUCAUUAAUGAGUGAAGGAUCUAAGGGAGGACGGUGGUGGAGAAGCAAUGGAGAAUAAAAGCUUAGAAAGUUCACCAUCAGACCUAAAGUUAGUGGCUCACCCGAGAGCAAAAAGCAAAGUAUGGAAAUACUUCGGUUUCGAUACCAAUGCAGAAGGAUGCAUAUUGCAGUGGAAGAAGAUCUACUGCCGCAUUUGCAUGGCACAGAUUGCCUAUUCAGGAAACACUUCCAACCUUUCAUACCACCUGGAGAAAAAUCAUCCAGAUGAAUUUUGUGAAUUUGUAAAGAGUAACACUGAACAGAUGAGGGAGGCCUUUGCUACUGCCUUUUCGAAACUGAAGCCAGAGUCCUCACAGCAGGUUGUUCAGGACACUUUAAUCAUGAAGACCAGCCACAGCUAUGAAAACAAAAAGCACCAGGAGCUGACCUCUGCGGUGAUUAGCCUAAUUUGUGAGGGCAUGUAUCCUUCUUCCAUAGUGGAUGAGCCAACAUUUAAGACUCUUUUGAAAACAGCGGAUCCAAGAUAUGAACUUCCUAGCAGAAAAUUUUUCUGCACAAAAGCAAUUCCUGAAAAGUACAAUGCAGUUAGAGAAAUAGUCUUGAAAGAACUGACUGACAUUUUGUGGUGUGGAAUAUCCACUGAUAUUUGGAGAAGUCAAAACCAGAAUAGGUCUUAUGUGACCCUUGCAGUUCAUUUCCUCAAUAGCAGCUCUUCUCAUUGUUUGACUGUUAACUCAAGAUGCUUAAAAACAUUUGAGGUCCCUGAAGAAAACACUGCAGAGACAAUUACGAGAGUCCUUUAUGAGAUCUUCAUUGAGUGGGGGAUCAACACAAAAGUUUUUGGUGCUACAACAGAUUAUGGCAAAGAUAUUGUGAAAGCUUGCUCACUUCUAGAUAUUCCAGUUCAGAUGCCUUGUUUGGGCCAGACUUUCAAUGCAGGAAUACAACAAGCUUUCCAGCUCCCUAAGCUGGGUAGUCUCUUGACAAGGUGCCGAAAACUGGUGGAGUAUUUUCAGCAGUCUACAGUAGCCAUGUACAUGUUAAGUGAGAAACAGAAACAGCAGAACAUCAUGCACUGCAUGCUGGUGAGUGAUCGUGUCUCCUGGUGGGGAAGCACACUUGCCAUGUUGCAGCGACUGAAGGAGCAGCAAUUUAUCAUUGCAGCUGUUUUAGUAGAAGAUAGCAAUAACCAUCACCUUAUGUUGGAGACCAGUGAAUGGAACACCAUUGAGGGGCUGGUGGACCUGCUUCAUCCCUUUAAACAAGUGGCUGAGAUGAUGUCUGCAUCCAAGUAUCCCACAAUAAGCAUGGUAAAACCCCUUCUUCAUAUGCUUCUCAACACAACUCUAAACAUCAAAGAAAAUGAUUCUAAAGAAAUCAGUAUGGCGAAGGAAGUGAUAGCCAAAGAGUUGUCAACAACAUACCAGGAGACCCCUGAGAUAGACAUGUUCCUUAAUGUGGCAACGUUCCUGGAUCCUAGGUAUAAGAAACUGCCAUUCCUCUCUGCAUUUGAACGGCAGCAGGUUGAAAACAGAGUUGUAGAAGAAGCAAAAAGUCUUUUGGAAAAAGUAAAAGAAAAUAGUUUCAGGCCUGAAGAAAAGCUCUUUUCACUAUCUGAAGAACCACCAGUAAAAAAAAUGAUCAUUUCUUCCACCCCACCCCCAACUAGUGCAAUUAAUAACAUGCUGGCAGAAAUCUUCUGCCAAACAGGUGGUGUGGAAGAUCAAGAAGAGUGGCAUGCCCAAAUUGUGGAGGAAUUGAGCAACUUUAAAUCUCAAAAAGUACUUGGCCUAAAUGAAGAUCCACUCAAGUGGUGGUCUGACCGAUUGGCCUUGUUUCCUGUCUUACCAAAGGUACUUCAGAAGUAUUGGUGUAUUUUAGCUACAAGGGUCUUCCCUGAACGACUUUUUGGUUCGUCUGCCAAUGUUGUAAGUGCUAAGAGGAACAGACUAGCUCCAGCUCAUGUGGAUGAGCAAAUUUUUUUAUAUGAAAACACUCGAAAUGGGUCUGAAGCUGAACCUGAAGAUGAGGAUGAGGGAGAAUGGGGCUUGGAACAGGAACAGAUUUAUACUUUAAGUGACACAGUUAAUGUAAGCAACAAUUUCUUUAAUAUAAGAGACAGUGGAUUCAUCUGACAGGGAUGCUAAAAAUGCAUUAAAGAAAAGGUGUUGUCUUAAAAGUUACCAAAAAUAACUUGUUUGAUGCUUUGUUGUAAAUAUAGAACAGAUGUAACAAUGGCUUGGUUUUUAAUUUUCAUGUAUUUGUGCCUGCCAUCAGUGAUCUCAAAAUACAAAAGAAAGCUGGUCUUUGAUAUUAACUGAAAUGAGAAAGAUGGCGUGUUCUCUUUAGGUUUUUGACUGUGAUUCCUUGCCCCUACAUAAAUAAUAAUUAAAAAAAUUAAAUUAAAGGUUUAGAAACCCACUUAGACAAGUCCCUCUGAAGAGUUUUGACAGGUUAAAUUUAUUGGCUUUAAAAUGUUUAUAUAUCUCAUUUAAUUCAGUCAUGUUUUUAAUAGUGUUUUGGAGAAAUCAGAGAACAAGUAGAAAUACAAUACCCGUCCUAGAACCCUAGGUUAUAGUUUUUUUUUUAUCGAAUAUAUAAAUAUGUAAGAUAUUUGCUUUUUAAAUGGGAACUUCACUUAGAAAAUUAUGAAAACCUUUUAGUAAAAAUAUUCUUUAAAGAGAAGGCAAGCUUUAAGUUUAGUUUCAAUGUGCAAAUGAGCAUACAAGAAGCACUUCCCCUCCUUUCCUCUCCCUCAAAUGUGUUAAAUUUUUAUUAUGUUUCUUGUCAUACUGCCAGCUCUGAAACAUCUCUCACCCUUUUGCCAAAUUCAUCUUGUAGAGGUGAUUAGUCUAAGCAGAUUCUAGUUAUUGAAUCUUUUCUGGUUGUGGUGUUCUUAUGUAUGAGAUAGUGUGCUUCCUAAGUUCUUUCAUAUUUCCUAAAUAAGGGUAAUUUUUUGCUGGCAUAAAUAAUGUAUAUCUCUUGCAAAGAUUUGUUUUUAAAAUAAAACAAAGAAAAAGUCCCCAGGCUGCUUUCUGGUUUGUUAUAUGAAAGUAGCCAGUGCCCAUGAAGAUUUUUAAGUCUUGUUAUUUAGGAGGAAAAUUAUUUAAUCCUUUUAUCUUUAACUCCUCAAAAGCAAAGGCACUUGGUUUUUUGUUCACAUAGCCAGUAUCCAACCCAGUGCUUUGCACAAAGUAGGCGCUUAAUAAUUAUUUGCUUUGUUGAAAUGAGUUUAACUCUACACCACUUGUCCAAAUAAAUUUGCAAAGUCACCCCCUGUUCUUUUUUACCUUUUGAGCGAGUUUGAGGUGUUUACAAUUAGUAUUGAGGGAAGCAUAAAGGAAUAUGGUGAAAUGUGUUCUAUUAUUUGAUCUUGAAAAUUUUUCUGUUACGGAAUUCAGAGGCACACCAUCUUUCUAUGUUAGGUUCACCUCACUGGCUAUUCUGUGCAUCUAUUUAAACAACCCAUAUUGGGAAAGAACAUAUAAAAUGGUUCAGGAAUGACCAUGUUAGCUAGUUACUAAAUUCUGCCCUGGGGCCAGAGUGUAGAUAUGUGAGUAUUAAAAAAAUAAAAACAAAAAACAACCCUGGAGUUGGUGAGAAUUUUAUGUGCCUUUUGGAGGAUAGCAUCUGGUCUCUGUCAUCAGUGAUGCAUGGUUUUAGGAAAUAAAUUUGCAGGUUAAAUGCAACCAGAAGAAAUAUUUCCUUUUAAAGGAAAACACAAUGUUAACUAUUAUGACAUACUGUAUAAUUUUAGGCUUUUUGUAUUUCAUUUGUUAACUUACUGAGACAUUGUCAUGUUGGAGGUGAGAUGGUGGUGUCCGGGUUGGUCAUGGUAGAAUAUGGCUGGUAGAAUUCACUUCCAUUCUCUACAAUGACUCCUAAAACUGGAAAUACUGUACAGUGCAAUUUAAAUUUGCCCUUAGUUUUUUUUUUUAAAGCAGUACAGUGCACUGUUCUGUUCCUUGAAAUUUCUGAAUGACAAAACUGUAAACUGUUCCAAUGAGACUAGUCUCAUUUUUUGUUUUGUUUUUUUUGUUUUUGUUUUUGUUUUUGUUUUUUGCUUUUGUUUUUAUUUUUAUUUUUAAAACCCCUGUUGUCAGUCUUGCCCAUUGGCUAUGUUUUCUUAUUCAAUGUUUUAGGCUUUGACUAUUGUUAAAUAAACCAGAGAAAUAAAUUAGCUUCUAAUUUA